AUGUCUUCCUUCUCCCGCAACCUCCUCCGCACUGCCGGCAAGGCCAAGAGUCUUCCCGCCUACUCGCGCAACGCCCUCCCCUCGUCCUCGCGUUUCGUUCAGCUCACCGCCGAGGCUUCCAGCCCUCAGCAGGAGCUUCCCGCUUCCAAGUCUGAGAAGUUCAAGGUCGACCUCAAUCGAGACGCUUUCAAGGGCUACAACUUCGACGUCCCCAAGCUCGAGUGGGAGACUUCCAAGGAUGAGCUCGUUGACCUCUACUCCGAGAUGGUCAAGAUGCGAAGGAUGGAGAUGGCUGCCGACCAGCUUUACAAGCAGAAGCUCAUCCGUGGUUUCUGUCACUUGGCUAUCGGUCAGGAGGCUGUCGCCGUCGGUAUGGAGGCCGGUAUGAAGCCCUCCGACAAGCUCAUCACUGCUUACCGAUGCCACCCCUUCACCGUCCAGAAGGGUGGUACCAUCAAGUCGGUCAUUGCCGAGCUUUUCGGUCGUGAGGCCGGUAUCUCCAAGGGUAAGGGUGGUUCCAUGCACAUGUUCACCCCCACCUUCUUCGGUGGUAACGGUAUUGUCGGUGCUCAGGUUCCCGUCGGUGCUGGUAUCGCUUUCGCUCAGCAGUACAUGAACACCAACGAUGCCACUUUCGCCAUGUACGGUGACGGUGCUUCCAACCAGGGUCAGGUCUUUGAGGCUUACAACAUGGCCAAGCUCUGGAACUUGCCUUGCGUUUUCGUCUGCGAAAACAACAAGUACGGUAUGGGUACCUCGGCAGAGCGAUCUUCCAUGAACACUCAGUACUACACCCGUGGUGACGUGAUUCCCGGUCUCCAGGUCAAUGCCAUGGACGUUCUCGCCGUCGCUGCUGCCACCAAGCACGCUUCUAACUUCACUCUCGGCGGCAAUGGUCCCUUGCUCAUGGAGCUCGUCACUUAUCGAUACGGUGGUCACUCGCUCUCUGACCCUGGUACCACCUACCGAACUCGUGACGAGAUCCAGACCAUGCGUUCGUCCUCCGACCCCAUCCAGGGUCUCAAGGCCCGCAUGCUCCACUGGGGUGUCGUCGAGGAGGCCGAGCUCAAGAGGAUCGACAAGGCUGCCAAGGAAGAGGUCGACCAGGCCGUUGAGGAGGCUAAGCAGUCCCCACAGCCCAAGGAGGAGACUCUCUGGACCGACAUCUACUACCCUGGUACCGAGCCUGAUUGGAUGCGUGGUCGUGACCGCACCGAGAUUCACCGAUACCGCUAG